AUCCAAUCUCAAAAAUCCAAACCUGAAUUUUUUAUAAUGUUUGAAGGUUUCUGGCUGAUCUUGCAGUCACCCUACCUGAUAUACAUAUCUCUGUUUCUUUGGUUAAGUGCAGUUGUCUCAUCUGUAUUUUACUUUCAGAAAGUGACAAUAGUUGCUACUACAAUAUCAAACCCAACUGCCAGAAGGAGAACAUUUGCACUGAUAAACAGCUUUAUAGCAGUUUUUAUUCUUGCAGGACAGCUCACUUUGACGGGUCGUAUCCUUACAGUAGCUGGUCUCACGGUUGCUAUCUGUGCAUCUCCCUUCGUUGCUGCCUCAAAUUUGGUUGCACUUGCUGUAUGGCCAACUUGGGUUGCUGUGGCUAUUACUGAAACAAUAAGAAAGGUAACUACUUAUGUUUUGACAAGACCUGGAAGGGAGUUAUUAUUCACAGUUGUCUCGCAGGAUGAAAAAUACAAAGCGAAGGUCUGUAUAGAUGUUAUUGUACAAAGGCUUGGUGAUGCGACAGCUGCUGGAAUUUAUAGGUUCUUGUUCAUCAGCCUUGAGAAGAAAACAUCCAAUGUCACCCUCUAUGCAUUGCCGCUCUGCUUCCUGUGGCUUCUCAUAGCAUUUCAUUUGGGCCGGCUCCAGACGAAUCUUGCUAGGCUUCAGGCUGCUUCUACCCCGGCCUAUUACUGA